CUGUGCUCUCUUUUGAUUCCUUCCUUUAUAACCCUCUCUCCACCACCGUUUUCUCCCUCUCUCCCUAAACAGAAUCCACACCUCACCAACUCUCUCUCUCUCCCUCCCCCUCUCCCUUUUCUUCCCCUCUCAGAUUUUUCUUUCUUUCGUUAACACUGCUUCUGCUUCGAUUAUUUAUUAUACACAUCUCUCUAUCCUUGCUGUUGUUGAAACUUGAUGAUCUCUCUCUCAAAGAAACAGAACCAGAAAGGAACUGACAGAAAAACAGAGUUUUGGUAACUUUUAAUAGCAAGACAUCAUCAUCAUCAUCAUCAUAAUAAUAAUAAUCUAAGGAUUGAAGAUGGAACCAUCGUCGUCGUCAGCAGUAGCAGCAGCAAUAGUGAGUACUAACGCCAACAUCAACACGGAUCGAACAAGAAGGAAAAAGAAGAAGAAAUCAGUGUUGCAGCAACACCAAUCAAAACAGAACCAAAACUCACAGAGCCACGCCAAAUGGAAAACAGAAGCACAACAACAAGUCUACUCAUCCAAACUCAUCCAAGCCUUAAGCCAAGUCAAUCUCAACCCUUCAACUUCAUCAGCCCCGCGUCAAGGUCGAGCCGUUAGAGAAGUUGCUGAUCGGGCUUUAGCUUUCGCUGCUAAAGGUAAAACCAGGUGGAGCCGAGCCAUUUUAACUAGCCGCAUCAAACUCAAAUUUCGGAAACAACAACAUAAGAGACAGAGACUUGCGUCGUCGUCUUCUUCUUCUCCAGGAUCCACUACCGGGAGUAGCAGCCGGUCGUCGAGGAAGCAUAAAGUGAGUGUUUUGAGGUUGAAAGCGAAGGGUUUGCCGGCUGUUCAAAGGAAAGUUCGUGUUCUUGGCCGGUUAGUUCCUGGUUGCCUGAAACAACCAUUGCCUGUUAUUUUGGAAGAAGCUACAGAUUAUAUUGCUGCUUUGGAGAUGCAAGUUAAAACCAUGACUGCUAUAGCUGAGCUUCUUUCUCGCUCUACCUCCGAAGCCAGCUCUACUUCUGAGCCGAUGACCUCCUAAUGGGAUUGUGUUGCCAGAUGUCGUUUUCUGGUUUUUUCCCACAUUUUUUUUUCUUUUGACUCCUGUUAAAUACGUGUCUCUGUUUUUUUUUUCUUUAAGAAAAAAGGUAUUCUAUUUUCUCUGUUAUGAAUCCUAGAAAAACUGUUAAUUAAUUAAUUAAUUAAUUAAUAAUAAAGUUGUUAAUUAAAAUCCUUCCUUAAUAA